AUGGAUACAAGUGGCUCAGUGGUUAGCAUGCAAGCCGAGGAGCAGCCCUUUCAUGUCCGCUACAGGAUGGAGGUGUCCUGCCUAGAGCUGGCACUGGAGGGCGAGCGGCUCUGUAAGGUGGGGGACUACAGAGCAGGUGUUUCCUUUUUCGAAGCCGCCAUCCAGGUAGGCACGGAGGACCUGCAGGUGCUCAGUGCCAUCUACAGCCAGCUGGGCAAUGCGUACUUCCACCUUCACGACUAUGCCAAGGCUUUGGAGUUCCACCGACAUGAUCUCACCCUGACAAGGACAAUUGGUGACCUGCUUGGAGAAGCCAAAGCCAGUGGAAACCUUGGCAACACGUUAAAGGUCCUGGGGCGAUUUGACGAGGCUGUGGUUUGCUGUCAGAGACAUUUGGAUAUUGUGAGGGACAUUAGUGACAAGGUAGGGCAAGCACGAGCUCUCUAUAACUUUGGCAAUGUGUAUCAUGCCAAAGGCAAAAGUAUUUGUUGGAGCGGAGCUGAGCCUGGAGAUUUUCCAGUGGAGGUCAUGACGGCACUGAGGAAGGCCGCAGAGUAUUAUGAGUCAAAUCUGGCGAUAGUGAAGGAGCUUGGAGACCGGGCUGCUCAGGGGCGAACUUAUGGAAACCUUGGCAACACGCAUUACUUGUUGGGAAACUUUGCUAAAGCCGUGGCUUCUCACGAACAGCGUUUGCUGAUAGCUAAAGAGUUUGGCGAUCGCUCGGCAGAAAGACGAGCGUACUGCAACUUGGGGAACGCCUACAUCUUUUUGGGGGACUUUGAAGUAGCAGCUGAGCAUUACAAGAGGUCACUGCAGCUGGCGAGGCAGCUGAAGGACCGAGCGGUGGAGGCUCAGGCAUGCUACAGUCUGGGCAACACCUACACAUUACUCCAAGACUACGAGAGAGCCAUAGACUACCACCUCAAACACCUCAUCAUAGCUCAAGACCUCAAUGACAGGAUCGGGGAGGGUCGUGCAUGCUGGAGUCUUGGAAAUGCUCACACUGCUUUGGGGAACCAUGAUCAAGCCAUGCACUUUGCUGAGAAGCACCUGGAAAUCUGCAAAGAGACUGGAGACAGGAGCGGAGAGCUGACAGCUCGUAUGAAUGUGUCUGACCUCCAGACAGUCCUGGGCUUGAGCUACAGCACAAACAACUCCACACUUUCUGAAAACAAGGAGAUAGACUACAACCAGCAUGGAGCGAGACCCAGAAUGAGCAGACGUCACAGCAUGGAGAACCUGGAGCUGAUGCAACUCACACCAGACAAGAUGAAUGUAAGAACUGCAGGUCAAAAAUGGAACAGUGACAUUUUGACAAAACAGUCUAAACCUUCCCUAGCUAAGAGCUCCUCCAAGCUGUUCUUUGUCAGCCGCCUGCGUGGGAAGAAAUACAAAGCUGGGGGCUCCAGCAAAGUCCUUCAAGACACCAGCAACACUUUGGACACAAGUCAGACUUCACGGCUUAGUCCCGACAUGAUCGGAGAGGAGGGCUUCUUCGACCUUCUGAGCCGUUUCCAGAGCAACCGUAUGGAUGACCAGCGCUGUUCAAUACAGGACAGAGGCAGCAGGUUAUCGUUAAACAGCGGUCCAGGUUCACCUCCGAGAACCAUCAGAAAGUCUGUGUCAGAGUCUGUCAACGUCGCUGGAGCCUCAGGAAGGAGGCUGGGCGAGUCCUCGGCUGGAGGGGGAAGUCUACCUGGCCUGAGACUCAAUCAGAGCAGCAACCAGGCCGUGCUCAGCCACCUGAUGGCCAACGCUGACAGUGCCGAGCCCGACGACGACUUCUUUGAUAUGCUCGUCAAGUGCCAGGGCUCUCGUUUAGAUGAUCAGCGCUGCGCCCCUCCCCCUCCACCCGUCCGAGGACCCACUGUACCAGACGAGGACUUCUUCAGCCUCAUCAUGCGCUCUCAGGCCAAACGAAUGGAUGAGCAACGCGUCACUUUGCCUUCUGCUGCCAGGAUCACCUCCAACUCAGAGUGAACUAAACACUAAAGGGACAAUAUCUCAUUUUCGUGUAAUCUUUCAAAGGUGUGAACAGCAGUGUGACUAACAGGCCCUGUGUCUCUAAACAUUUGUCCUAUUGGACAGAAACAAAGCACUGUCAGCAUUGUAUGUACAACAAACUUUUGAAAAAUAUUAUGCUAACAAGGACUUCCUUUCACAAAGUAC